GGUCCGCCGCUAGCAUCAUGUUAUUUGGUUCACCCCCCCUGCACAUGAUGGGCUCGUCGUCAGGUGGUGCAAGAGCUGAUCUCGGGUCACAACUUGGGAUUCGUACCACCUCGUCCCAAAUUUCUGGCGACUAGCUGGAAGCCCAUAUACUUCAAGUCUUCCUUUCGUCUCAUCAUAUUCUAGCACACUCACACCGCGUUGUACGCUUCUCAUUCUCCAAUCCAAUGGCAUCGCAAGGCCACUACCAACCGACCGCUCAAGCCGGCGAUAGAUUGAGGUUCGACGAUUUCGAUGACCCAGAAGUGUUCCAGAGAGCCGAGUGCGAGGCUGCUGCUGAUGGGCGAAAAAAUUUCGUGGUCGAAUUUGGUCCCCAUCAUGCCCGCAUAGCUCAUGACUACAGCCUCACCGAAUUCAAGCAACUCUUGUAUACUCCGCAAGAUGCCGACCACCCUGUCCGCUGGAUCAACAUCUGGGACACCACGGCCCAAAAGGAAGCGGUCAAAGCCAUAGGGGAUAAAUACAAUUUUUCAUAUAGAUUGAAAUGUUUGAUGAUGUACGCCACGGACCUGAAAGACGGCGCGCAACGCAGCACGGAAAGCAGAGCUGCCGCCGCCAGGAAAUUGGCCGCCACCCAAAUCGUGGAGAUGGAGACGGACAUCGAGAAAGCCCCCGGUGCAGACACGACGAGGUCGCUUGAAACCGACACUGGGAUUCCCCUGGAGGAAGUCGAGCUGUACUUUCUCGUCAAAGACACUCUCAGCUAUUCCUCCAUAGACCAUACCGACAAAGCGCUCUGCAUCGGUGCUAACUGGUUGCACCGAAGACCAGAGAUGUCCUUGCCACCCAGCGAGGCAGAUCUCAGGUUGAUGCCCCCGAAGCACUGGAUGUGGCUUGCUAUUUGCGACGACAACACCGUCCUCUCGUUCCACGAAACACCCACGGUUGAACCAACCCCGAAGGGACUAAACAUCGCCGAAUGGCGUGCAUCGUACAUCAGAAACAUGCGGUCAAACACUCUCAACGUACUAUUGCAGCAAUCGUCCCAAGGGAUCCACAAGUAUGAGCGAAGACCGCUGUCGCAGAGUUCAAUACGCGUGGCUUUAGAACGGAUGGCGAGACCGAGAGCAAGCCGCUUGCCGUCUGAUAUGACCUUCAAUGGAAAUGGCCAGUUGCUGACGGUGGGCGAGGAAGGCGCUAGUAACCUCUUCUACUACCUGUUUGAGGAUUAUGCCGCAGCCGGUCCGCUGAAAGCUGUGGGCAAAAUCUUGGAUGAUCUCACACCUAAAGUACUGGGAAGCGCGGUAUGUCGGCAGCUUGGCUCGGACCACGGAGUUGACGGUCUUGCUAACGAGAUACAGAGUCGCAAAAGUAAAAGCAAGAGCAUCGACAUCAUCCCCAAACUUCAUCAUCUAAGCAAGGAACUCCGAAAGCUGAAACACCUGUUCGAGAAUUACCGAAUCCUCAUUGAUAAGAUCAUGGCCCCAGCGAGGUCGGACUCGUCGUCUUUCUUCCACCCUGCGAGGCGCUCGAUCGGCACGCGGAUGAACAGCACCGUUUCUGAUUUUCAGGAAGACGGUGAUGAAAACGCCAACGCCGAGGCCCGCGCGGUGGUCCUGACCAAGUCAGCCAUGAACCGUUUUGAUCGCCUACGCGACCGCCUCCAAGGGGUGAUGUUGAACACAAUCGAAGGCUACUUCGAGGAAAUCAACGCACUGUCAAAUACCUACUUCAACCUCACCCAGCAGAAAGACUCGCAAGCCACGGCUCGACUCACGAGAAGCGCCACGCUGCUGGCCAAGCUCAGCGUCUUCUUCCUGCCCAUCAGCUUCAUGACGAGCUACUUUUCCAUCCAGAUCGAGGACCUGUACCAAUGGUGGACGGCCGGAACGUACUGGUACGCGUUUGCCGUCAUCGCGACCGGCUCGUUCCUGUGCCUGUUCUUUUUCGGCAGGCUGCUCAUGUUCUUCAGCGAUGUGCUGGAUGAGUGGUCCGCGGCAAUAAUUGAUUGGGUUCGCACGGUUUUGAUCAAGAUGGGACUCCAGCUGGAGGCGAAGGACGUUGAUGAUUAUAUGUGAGACGACGCGUUGGGCGCUUGGGCCGUCUCCGUUUGGUGGUAGAGGAAGUAGUAGAGGCAAGCUUGGGGAGGUUUGGGUGCUACUGUGAGUGGCUAUUGCUUGCGCUGUUGGGAUGAAUAGUCGGGUUCAACUUGGUCGACGCCUCACUAAGAUACCCAAGCGUAGUCCUCUACAAAUAGUUCUAAUAAGUAUGUAUACCUGCCGUCGGAGUCCCUGUGAAACGUCGCUCGCGCUAAACCCUGGGAUUGAAUCAGUAGUACAGUUACAACACAAUCCCAACCGAUACUUACAAACAGAUAAGUCCGUGUGUAUCGUCACACAUCCUGGAGAACUAGGACAAAAAGUGGCGCUAGGGUUUUCACAUGUUCGACCUGCCAUUUUGACAGGUCCAAGCGCUUGGGGUUAGAAGUAGCAUCGAAACCCAAUGCGAGGAAGCAGAAGUCAUCGCUCCAUUGACC